UGAUAGACUCUUCGUAAUUGCUUUCCAACCAAAACCAAUUUCGAUUUUCGCACAGAGAAAACGUCAGGCACCAUUCAACAUGGGCUUGAAAUACGCGAUCAAAAGCUAGUUGUAGCUGAAAUAUUGCUCUAAUUGUAGUUUUAUUGUUAUUAUAGUUUCGUUUUACAUGUAUAUUGUGUAACUCAUAAAUUAGUCAAAAAUGGAUACAUUAAUCUUAGGAUAUCUCAAUUAUGGCGUUUGUUGAUCAUUAAAAAAUUACGUUCAGUUGAUCAUUUUCUUUCUACUUAAUGUCUGCUUUUCGUUUGUGAUCGUCUGUUUUGUUCGCGUUUACGUGUUUACUCGAAAUGGUUAAGGAGAAGCCUAAUUCUAUUCGUAUUUACGACGACGAAGGAUUCCGACGACGCGCCGCUUGUAUAUGUGUACGAUCGGACGCCGAAACUGAGGUGCUGCUGGUGACGUCGUCGCGGCGGCCGGACAACUGGAUCGUGCCGGGUGGCGGCGUGGAACCCGAGGAGGAACCCUCGGUGACGGCCAUGCGCGAGGUGCUGGAAGAAGCCGGCGUCAUCGGCAAGCUAGGCCGCUGCCUGGGCGUUUUUGAGAACAGGGAACACAAGCACCGUACGGAGGUGUAUGUAAUGACAGUCACCCAAGAACUAGCCGAGUGGGAAGACUCCCGACAGAUGGGUAGGAAACGCCAGUGGUUCUCCAUCGACGACGCACUAGCCCAGCUGGCGCUGCACAAGCCCAUCCAGCGCCAUUACCUGCAACAACUGAAGCGCUCCAAGCAGAAGCCGGACGACGCCCGCAGCUAACUUGAAGUGCUGCAAGCGCUUGCCAGCUAAGUCCAUAGCUCAUAGGUAACGGCUAGCUUGCGACGACUAAGUAAUGGUGUAACGCGAUUUGCAGUACCGUACCACUCGCUCUGCUCCGCCUCUCUGACAGUUCUUAACAAGUGUUGCCAGUCGUGUAGGGAUAAAUUAUAUUUAUUCCAGUAUUUUCUUUUUCUUCUCAACAUAAGUCGUUUCAAAUGACACCCUGUAUGUAGAAUAUGGAAAAGUUUAAAAUCUUACCUAUGACUGCAGCAAGUUAUCCUCAGUUCGUUUCAUAGAUUUAAUAUUUUUGGUAUAGUUAAAUUUAAAUUGAAAAUGUUAUCCCGACAAACAAGACGUGAGACAACAUAAAAAAUGGUGAUAUUUUUGUAACACACACAUGCAUAUUAAUAAAGAUACUUUUGCUUUGAAACAAAAAUUCCUGUACUAAGCAUUGUUACAUUAUAAAUGUGGUUUUGACGUAAACACCAAUUGUGUUGUAGCAAGUAAACAAAGUGCCUAAACACAUCAAUAAAUUAAAAACAAAACAUUUUAGUAGAUCUAUGUGUGAUUGAUGGUUUUUGUAAUUUACUUAUUUAUUAAAUUAUAUUAAUUUUAAAAUCAUGACGAUGCUAUGUUUGUGUUCGAAAAAUAGUAGAAAUUGUAUAUUUUUAUCAAGUAUAAAUUGUAUGAUGUGGGCUUUUUUAUUGUUUAUUCUUAAAUCCAUUAGAUCAAUUUUCCAUAAAUAACAUUAGAAAAAAAAAACUAAAAAUUAUUUUGGCAAUGAAAACUUGACAUAUUUAAAAGUAUAUCAUUUGACCCAAAGUUAAGUCAUAUUAUUUCUUGUGUGCCUAAGGAUUUGAUUGAAGUAGAUUUAACGUAAAAUGGGCGCUCUUUGCUGCUUGCAAGAAUGGCUACUAGCUUACUAAGUUAUGACUAAAGGCUGAUUGUAGAGAGUAAACGUAAUACAUAUAGACAUUUUUAUGUACUAAUUUAACGUUCAAUCGUGUAAAGCAAUAAGUUAUUUACUUUUGUUUACAUAAGUCUGACGUUAGCUUGAAAUGCGGACAGUUUGAGAUUUUAAUGAAAUUGUUGAAGAUUUAAAUAUGUAUAGACAGGCCAUUACGAACUUCGAUAUUGAGUGAGUAGUGUUAUCUGUUUUGAAAUUAUGUUUUUUUUACUGUAUGUCUUUUCGUUUGUAUAAAAAUAAAUAUAGUAAAUUUAAAAGUCCA